AUGAAGGAAAUAGAUGGCUCUACUCUCGAAGGAGGAGGACAAAUACUCCGAAACGCCGUUGCAUUUGCAGCGCUCUCUCGUACCCCCAUCAAAAUUUCGAACAUUCGAAAGGGGAGACGACCGCCUGGUCUCAAGGCUCAACACGCAGCUGGUGUCAAUCUAAUUGGACAAAUAUCCAAGGGCUCGACGUUGGUCGGUGCCGUUAAAGACUCUCAAACGCUCGAGUUCUUUCCAGGAGAGUUACAAGCUGGAGAGUAUUCUGCAGACCCAGGAACGGCUGGGGCUACUACUCUCUUGCUCCAAGUCUCACUUCCAACGCUUCUAUUCUCAAACUCUCCAGAGCCGGAGAUCUCUAUUCUUCGUCUAAAAGGUGGAACAAACGCUAUUCAGGCCCCUCAAAUUGACUAUACCGAGCGGAUAUUCUUGCCUUUUAUCAAAAAGCACUUUGACAUCGACGUCAAGCUCGACAUUUCUUGUAGAGGUUACUAUCCCAAAGGGGGUGGUCAGAUUCAGGUCACGGUGUCCACGAGGAGCACGCCACUUCCUUCCUUUACCCUACUUGAACGCGGUGCCGUCACAGCUGUUCGGGGAAGAGCAUACGUCGCAGGGCUCCCUCCACGACUUGCUAAGGACUGUCGUGACGCGGCACGUGCCCUUCUCGUUAAGAAAGGAGUAGAACCCAGCAUUAUCGAAAUUGAAUAUCUCAGGGAGUCUCCCUCGGAUGCGUUUGGCGCGGGUUCAGGUAUCCUCCUCUGGGCAGAAACCGAGCAUGGCUGUAUACUAGGAGGGAGUGCCAUCGGAAAGAAAGGAUCAGAUGCUGCAGACCUAGGUCGUGAGGCUGCAGAGGAGCUCAUUAGUAACCUCGCCCAUGGUGGUGUCGUGGACGAAUAUCUCCAGGACCAAUGGAUUAUAUUUGGGGCUCUGGCCAAGGGCAAGUCUAGGCUACGUUGUGGACCAUUAACCUUGCAUACCAGGACGGCAAUGUGGUUGGCUGAGCAAUUGACGGAUGCCCGGUUCAAGGAGAUUCCCGACGAAGAUGGUUCAACGGUCAUAAUUGAAUGCGAUGGAAUAGGUUACACGGCUCCGCAACGGGUGGACACGAUGGAGAGCGACGAGGCUUGA